AUGCAAGGCCUUCACACUCUUCUGGUGCGCGACCCGGAGACGGGCGCCACACCUUCUUGUAAUACCGGGAACGAGUACGACGGGCGCAUGGGCUUGCGUAUAUCGUCCAUCUUCGUGAUUAUGGUCGGCUCGAUGCUGGGUGCUGUGUUUCCGGUCUUUGCACGGAAUUUUGGCACCUCUAAGUUUCUCAGACGCGCAUUUUUCGUUGCGAAGUACUUUGGCUCGGGUGUCAUUAUUGCUACCGCCUUCAUCCAUCUUUUGGCCCCAGCAGAAGAGGCAUUGACUAAUCCGUGUCUCACGGGUCCGAUCACUGAAUACUCAUGGGUCGAAGGUAUCAUCCUCAUGACCAUUGUUGUGCUGUUCUUCGUUGAGUUGAUGGUGAUGCGGUACGCACGCUUUGGUCAUAGCCACUUGGGUGAUUUGGGACAUGACGAUCAUGCGCAUCAAUCUCUUGACGCCCCGCCCGCAACCGUCGACCCCAAAAGCCACAUGCCCGGAGAGGAUCAUCUCGGUCACUCCCGAGAGCAUCAUGACACCGAGCUGGGUGAAAAGAUCUCCUCACUUGAGGACUAUUCCGCUCAGUUGACAUCGAUUUUCAUUCUGGAGUUUGGUAUCAUCUUCCAUUCGAUCUUCAUUGGCCUGACCUUGGCGGUAUCUGGAGAAGAAUUCAUCACGCUCUACAUUGUCUUGGUCUUCCACCAAACCUUCGAAGGUCUGGGUCUGGGUUCCCGCCUGGCAACGACCCCUUGGCCCCGCUCAAAACGCUUUACUCCCUACAUACUCGGAGUUGCAUACGGCCUCUCCACGCCUAUUGCCAUUGCUAUCGGACUGGGGGUCCGUAACAGCUACCCCCCCGAAGGUUACACCACUCUCAUCGUCAACGGAGUUUUCGACUCCAUUUCUGCCGGUAUCCUCAUCUACACGGCUCUUGUGGAGCUCAUGGCUCAUGAGUUCAUGUUCAGUCCAUCGAUGCGCAAGGCACCGAUCCGAACUGUUCUUGCAGCGUUUGGUCUAUUAUGUCUGGGUGCGUUGCUGAUGGCUUUGCUUGGGAAAUGGGCUUAA